AUGGUGGUGGAAUUCUAUGAUACGAGUAGACAGGAGCUCCUCUAUGAAAAAUUACUACAUUCGGAAAGUAUCACAUACCUGCAUAAUAUGUGUUAUCGAUUGCUCAAAAUUCAUGUUCUUCUCGAAAUAGAAAAAUUUGAUGAACCGUUAAAAUUUCUUACGCUUUAUCUCAUACAACCACUUCAAUUCAAUGAGAAGAUACAACCGAUUGCACUAUCCGAAACUGAAGUACCAUUGGGCGCAAAAUUGCAAAUGAUUGGAUGGAUGAUAGUCGAUCGUGAAGGAAAAAAGACUGCAAAUUUAAAGAAAGUAACAUUAACAACACUAGAUUUUGAAGAAUGUCACUCAUUUCAUGAUAAAAAGCUCUCUAAAUCUGAGUUCUACUCUCGUGUGGAAUCCGAAAUAAUUAUUGUAAAAUAUAUUACAAAUAUUACCGAUCCGGGCAAAGUGCUACCACUGCAAACAUAUUACAUAUAUAAUGUAAGCAGAAGUCCAUUUUAUGAGAUGACUUUCAUUAUACAAGGCUUUAGUUUGAUGACAGCCGCUAUUACGUACACUGGCACGGACUCUUUUAUGGGUUAUCUAGCCUUCCAUGUAUGUGGUCAACUCGAAAAUUUCAGGAUGCGUAUUCUUAAUCUGGAUAAAUUCGAGCACUACGAGAAAGCAUUAUCAUAUAAUGUGCAGGAUCAUAUACGUCUUAUCAGAUUUAUUAAACUCAUUGACAAUACGUUUAACUUAAUGUUGCUUGGUCUGCUAAUAAUAACACAAGGUAGCAAUCUCUCGAUCUUUCGACUUAUUUACAUCCUGACAGCUGUCAUUAAUACAUUUACACAUAUGUGCCUUUAUUGUGUAGUAGGCGAAUUUUUAGUCAUUCAAUGUGAAGAGGUAUAUAAGGCUAUUUAUCAUUACAAGUGGUACAAUCUAAAGCCGAAACAAGCCAAAAAUCUAUUGAUUAUAAUGAUGCUAGUCAAUAGGCCACUGCAUCUUACUGCAGGAAAAUUUUUUCCUAUGACGAUGGCCACAUUUUGCAAUCUGUUAAAAACAUCUAGUGGUUACAUAUCAGUUUUAUUAGCACAUCGUAAUUAA